AUGGCAGACAGAUUCAGUAAUCUUCCGAAAGAAAUCGCUCAUCAUAUUCUAUCCUUCCUCUCAUUCAAAGACCUCACUCAGGUUGGCUCCGUGUCCAAAAGAAGCCAAGGGUUUUGUCUGUCAACUCCGUUUUUGAAUGAUGUGCGUUUGCGUUGCAGCACAAGCAAAGGAGUGCUGAAUUCUAUCGACAAAUUCUUGAGGCAACGCGGGGAUAAUAAGAUGUUGAGCUUCCAUUUUUCUUGGAGAAAUAUCGAUAUACAUGAGAAUGCUGGCCGUAUUGAAUGCUGUUUUUGUGACGAAGAAAAGUUUCGACUGAGUAAAUGGAUCGAGAUUGCAGUGAGGUGCAAUGUUGAAGUGGUUGAUCUUUGGAUUGCUUCAAGUGUUUGGUAUCCAAAGCUUCCUACUUCACUCUUUCUUUGCCCAUCUUUGAGGUCUCUGGUUGUGAUCAACAUGGAGUGUUAUAUCAGCGACGCGGCUGCUUCCUUGGAUUUUUCGUCUAAUCUCGAAUACGUUAACUUGAGUAGUGUUGUGAUAGUAGGAGAUGUGUUCUGGAAAUGGAUCUCACAUUGCUGCCGAUGCCUCAAGGACUUGCAUCUUUAUCAUGUUUACGGCUUAAAGGACGUUAACUUAGAAAGCUCGUCUUUGGAAUCGUUUAGUUUUGUGUUUCUUGAUCUUUUCAGUGACUACGGCUGCAGUCUUAACAUUUCAGGCGACAAAAUUGAAAACGUAUGUAUCAACUUGGUUGGUAGCUGUUAUCCCAGCAAGAAAUCCUUCAAGUUUUCGACUCCAAAUCUUAAACAUCUGCAGUGGCUUGGGAAUUUCGGCACUCACGUAGAACUUGGAAAACUCGCGGGCUUGGAGAGGGCUGAGAUUUCUUCGACUUGUGGAGUGGUUGACUUCGAUGUCUUGUUUUGCUUUCUUCGUUGCAUACGCCGGGUUAGAGUUCUUAUUGUGAACGACGAAAUUGUCAAGACUUUCUCGAUGGACUCCUACGUGCCUCUACAAUUAGACGGUGUUUGUGAUUUGUCGAUUCAAACUCUUAACUUGAAUGAUGGCUUCAUCCCUGCACUCGUCGCUCUUUUACGCGGAAUGCCUAGUUUGAGAUCUUUGUCUAUAAAUGCUAGGAAAGUACAGGAUUGCGGCAGUACUAGUACCGAAUCGAAUUGUUCAGGGUUUGCUAUGGGAUACUGGAAGUUGCAGAAUCUUGCUUUUAUUUCUGAAAUCCAGGAGGUAGCCUUGCAGCUGUACCAUGGGUCUAAUGCUGUCGAGUUUGCAAGGUAUAUUCUCGAACAUGCUCCAAAUUUGGGGAAGAUGGCGAUAUAUCAUUUUCCGGAUCAACUCGAUGCUGUGUUGAAGUUACAGAGCACGAUGAUAUCCAGUGCGCCGGUUUCCUUCCAUGAAGUCUCAGAAAUUUGA